UUCGAUCACACUUCCGGUAAAGCUAAUGGCUGACGGAAUGGGUCAGCUACCUAUGGUUCUGGUGUUUUCGGCGCUGAUUUUCCUCACAUGGAGAGAUUUAAGUCACAGUGAACAAGCACAAGACGUACAGAAGGACAUCAAGACCCCCAAAUUGUCUAAAUUUGCUGGACCGACCCUUAAAUUUUUGUUUUGUUACUCCUGAGGGUACAGGAAGGUCUUUGACCAGUAUGCCCAGCUUCUUCAUGAGCGAUUUCCGGCACUUGACAUCCAGGGUGAUAACUACCCCCCACCCUCGGGUCGUGCCGCUGUCGCUCAGUUUCUAAGUAUUUUCAAACUUGUUCUCAUUGUUAUGAUUGUUAGUGGACAGAACCCAUUUCCUCAUCUGAAUAUGGAGACACCUAGUAUUUUUAACUGGGCGUCAGAAAAUAAGAUUUAUGCUUGCCUUAUGGUGUUUUUUAUCAGCAAUGCUAUAGAGGGACAGAUGAUUUCUACUGGGGCUUUUGAAGUCAUAUUUAAUGAUGUUCCUGUGUGGUCAAAAUUAGAGACAGGGAGAAUUCCGCAACCUAAUGAAAUGUUUCAGAUCAUUGAAAACCACAUGCGUUUAUACACAAAUCCAGUGCAAUAAGAGAAUAAGGACAUGUUAGUCUUCAAAUAACAAAACUACUUGAUUUAUAACAGUAGUAGAAGAGCAGAAACUGAACCAAUGAAAGCCUUCAUUGCAAACAGCUUUGCUGUUAAUGAAGUGUUGGAUAACCAAUCAGGAUCUGUCUUCUGUUACUGUCAACCAAUCAACAGUGAUGUAUUAUCUGAUGACUUUCAUGUCUGAUCUGAAAUUUGACAAAAUGUGAUCAAGAAUCUUUCAUUUAAACAUUUGUAAUUUACAAAUAAUCCUUGUCCAAAUUGAAGAAGUGGAGUUUUGUUCUAUGAAUGUGUUUGAUGUAAAUAGUGACAUGAAUUAUUUCUGAGUGAUGAUGUGUGAAUGAGGAACAUAAAUUAUGUCAUGAUAUAUAUUAUUUGUGAACUUGAUGUUAAGUAGAAGAAUUAGAUAAUUAUGGUAUUGUGAAAGUGAUUGUGGAUCUUUAUCAGCCCUCAUUAGUUACACCUCUAUCUGAAAUUUUGAUAAUUUUAGACUAAAGGAAACUUGAAUUUCAUUUAUUAUUUGGAUCCCUGUAACUAGCUAACAUCAGCAAUCAUGAUAAUAUCUUAUAAAUCAGUCAGCCCAAUCCAAAUAUACCAUAGAGGUACUAAAAAAUUAAAGUAUAUAUCCUAUAUGUAUAAAUUGAUUUUGAACAUUCCAGUACACUCUACACCUCUAAUACACCUGAGAUUUGUAGAAAUUAUCGUGAGUCUACAAAUGUGAUUUAACUUAGCUGCUCCUAGUUUUGUAAUUGCAGUUUUGCAGGAGUUUGUAUGUUUACAAAAAAGGUUCAUUUUAAUUUAAUUAAAUUAUUAAAGUGAUUUUUGAAUGUAAAAAAAAAUUAAUUUGCACCUGAAAGUUGAUGAAAUUAUUGAAGUAAUUUUAUUUCAUGUGUGAAUUUGAUCUUUUGAUCAUAUGUAUUAAGCUUUACUAUUAUUUUACUUGUGUCAGUUUAUUAUUGUAUGCAGAAUUUCUUUGAGUAGAAAUGCAGGCUGUGAUUUGUGAUGGCUUGUAAAAUCUUACUUUUAAAUAAACUUGUUUUUAAA